AUGCGCCUUACACCCAUAUCCAACCUCAUGGCAAAACCAAGCUUCCUCCCUCCGUUUAUGUUUGGGCUGCUAUUUGCAACCUUUGGGGUUAUUUUAUCUGCAAAAUAUUCUAGCAUCACCGUUGAUCAAUCUGCUCUUCUAACACUAAAAUCUCAUAUAACUCAUGAUCCUCACAAUUUCUUGGCAACCAACUGGUCUACUUCUACCUCUGUUUGCAGCUGGAUUGGUGUCACAUGUGGAUCUAGACACCACAGAGUCACUGCUCUGAAUUUGUCAAGCAUGAAUCUCACAGGCACCAUUUCUUCUCAAUUAGGAAAUCUAUCUUUCCUUAGUCGGCUCGACAUUCAUCAAAAUAGUUUCCAUGGCUCUUUACCCAUUGAGUUAACUAAUUUGCGUCGGAUGAAAUAUUUGGACUUUGGUAACAAUAGCUUCAAUGGAGAAAUCCCAUCAUGGUUUGGUUGCUUCACUAAACUUCAAAGAUUGUAUCUGGACGGUAACCACCUCAAAGGUCAUCUUCCAUCAAGAAUAUUUGAUAACCUUUCAAAAUUGCAAAUACUGAAUUUAGAAUCAAAUCAGAUUUCUGGUAAAAUUCCAAAUAGUAUGUUCAAGUGUAAAGAGUUGAGGAUUUUAUCAUUGUAUAACAACUCUUUGGAGGGAAGUUUAUCUUUAGAAAUUGGGAAUUUGAGUAUGCUCCGAGAUUUGUUUCUUGGUGACAACAACCUCAUAGCCAUCAACCAAUUAUUUGGUUUAUGA